AUGGUCUGCAAAGUCAUCUGUGCCUGUGUGGUCCUCAGUAACAUGGCAAAGUAUGAGCCAAGUAGUCAGAACCAUCAUGUGUUGGAGAACUGGUCCUUCCUGAGCCUGCUGAGCCUGGGCAUGGACUGGAGGAGGCAGAGGUUUGUGGGUGGUACCAAGAGAACUGUUAGUAACGCCGUCCUGACCCACGGUGACAGGACGGCGUUGCUGCUGAACGAUGAAGACCACCCUUCAGUUUUACCCCCAGGUUGUCCCGAUUUACCUUCAGAUGUUCGAAAAGUGAUCAUUGGUCAAGAGGAGCACGAGUGGAGCUCGAGUCAGGAGGACCCAGAGCUCCCACACAUUAAAGAGGAGCAGGAGGAGCUGUGGAGCAGUCAGGAGGGAGAGCAGCUUCAAGGUCUGGAGGAGGCUGAUAUCACCAAGUUCCCAUUCACUCCUGUCCCUGUGAAGAGUGAAGAUGAGGAAGAGAAACCUCAGUCCUCACAGCUUCAUCAAAGACUAACUGAACAGAUGGAAACAGAAGCUGAUGGAGAGGACUGUGGAGGACCAGAACCAGACAGGGGCUCACAUCCAGAUACACAUUUACAACCAGAGACUGAGGACAAGACUGGAGACUCUUUUGAACCUGAGACCCAGGACAAUGAUGGUGACUGGAAGGAGACCAGAGAACCUCAGUCAGGUUUAAACUCUCUGAAAAAUGAUUGUGUCCCUGUCAAGGAGAAACCAUUCAACUGCUCUGAGUUUCAUACAGGAGAGAAGCCAUUCGCUUGCUCCGUAUGUAAUAAAGCUUUCAGUGAAAAUGGAAAAUUGAAGCUACACAUGAAAACUCACACUGGAGAGGAACCAUUCAGCUGCUCCAUGUGUGAUAAAAGAUUUUUGUGCAAUGCAUAUCUGAUUCGACACAUGAAAACUCAUACAGGAGAGAAACCAAUCAGUUGUUCAGUGUGUGGUAAAGGUUUCAGUCAAAGUGGAAACCUAAAGGUACACCUUAAAACUCACACUGGAGACUCUUCUGAACCUGAGACUGAGGACAGUGAUGAUUGGAGGGAGACCAGAGAACCUCAGUCAGGUUUAAACUCUCUGAAAAAUGAUGAAGUUUCUGUUGGUGAGAAACCUCUGAGCUGCUCUGAUUGUGGGAAAAGAUUUUACACCAAGGUAGAGCUGCAGAUACACAUGACAACGCAUACAGGAGAGAAACCGUUCAGCUGCUCAGUGUGCGAGGACUGUGGAGGACCUGAACCAGCCAGAAACUCACGUCCAGAUGCACAUUUACAACCAGACACUGAGAACAAGACUGGAGACUCUUCUGAACCUGAGACUGAUGACAGUGAUGAUUGGAGGGAGACCAGAGAACCUCAGUCAGGUUUAAACUCUCUGAAAAAUGAUCAAGUCAGUGAGAAACCAUUCAGCUGCUCUGUGUGUGGGAAAAGAUUUGAUAAAAAAGGAAAUCUGAAAAGACACAUGAGAAUUCAUACAGGAGAGAAACCAUUCACUUGCUCAAUGUGUGAUAAAGCUUUCAGUGAAUGUGGGAAAUUGAAGCAACAUGUGAAAAUUCAUUCUGGAGAGGAACCAUUUAGCUGUUUGACGUGUGAUAAAAGAUUUUUGUGCAAGGCACAUCUGGAGACCCACAUGAAAAUUCAUACAGGAGAGAAACCAUUUUGCUGCUCUGAGUGCGGGAAAAGAUUUGGCCGAAAGGACUACCUGACACAACACAUAAGAAGUCAUACAGGAGAAAAACCUUUCAGCUGCUCAGUCUGUAAGAAAUCUUUCACACAAAGUGGAAAUUUACAGUUACACAUGAAAAUCCACUUAGGAGAGAAACCGUUCAGUUGCUCUGAGUGUGAUAAAAGAUUCAUUAGAAGUGGAGAUCUGAGGAAACACAGGAGAAUUCACACAGGAGAAAGCCAUUCAGCAGCUCAGUGUUUGGGAAAAGUUUGAAACAAAAGAAGAAAGAAGUCUCAUGUCAAAAGUCAUGAGUGUGUUGUGGACAUCAGCGGCAGUUAAACUGU